CUGGCAGGACUACCACCAGUGAGGAGCUGGAGGACAUGCUGGAGAGCGGCAACCCGGCCAUCUUCUCCUCCGGGAUCAUUAUGGAUUCAAACAUCACCAAGCAAGCACUGAAUGAGAUUGAGACACGGCACAGUGAGAUCAUCAAACUGGAGAACAGCAUCCGAGAGCUGCAUGACAUGUUCAUGGACAUGGCCAUGCUAGUGGAGAGCCAGGGUGAGAUGAUCGACCGCAUAGAGUACAAUGUGGAACACUCAGUGGACUAUGUGGAGCGGGCUGUGUCUGACACCAAAAAAGCAGUGAAGUACCAGAGCAAAGCCAGACGGAAGAAGAUCAUGAUCAUAAUCUGCUGCGUGAUCCUGGGUAUCGUCAUUGCCUCCACCUUUGGCGGCAUUUUCGGCUAG